AUGACGUUGAAGAACCUCUCUGUGAUUAGGAGAAGGCAGUGGAAGGCAGUGAAGGCGGUCUGCUCUUCUUCUCCAGUCCAGACGACGCACAAGCAUAACCAGCAACUCCUCAACUUAGCUCUUGAACUCUCUAGUCCAGACGCACAAGCAUUUGAUUUCGGUUUUAAUACUGGAGCUGAGAAAUCGACAGUUAAGCCACAAGCCCUGAUCAAACUCGAAGCCUUCAUCCUCUUUCUCUCAGACCAUCGAGAAAGAGCAAAGCAUGACUAUGAACAACUGAAGAAAACUGUUGAUGAACUGCGGGCAUCUAAGCAGAAUGUCAAGUUGGUAAAAGAGCUGAAACUAUGAAUAAAAGAGCUGGAAGGAGCCGUGGGUGAAUCCACCAAGGAUUUUGAUUUGUCUAAGAGCUUGGGGUUCUAGGAUGCAAUGGAUUUCUUUGCUGUUGGGGUGGUUUGAAAGCUGCUUGUUUCUGAGGUGCUGAUCCUCUCAGCUGAUCCAUGUUUUUUGGGAUUGAAUGAUGGUGGCUGCUGCAUAUUUUGAACCAAGUUUAUAUGAUUUUCUAAAGAGAAAUAGAUACUGCCCAUUCCCUGUGGAUCUUGUUCGAGAAUUUGGACGUCAGCUUUUGGAAUCUGUA